AUUUCUCAAAAGACAAAUAUUACAGCCUCGCUCUCAUUCUCACUUCUGGAUUGCCGCAACCAACUGACUCCUACCGCCUCCAGUUCCAAGCUUUGUGGUUCACCUCUCUCCUUGCCUCUCCGGUAAGAGUCUGCCCUUUCUUAUACGUAUAGCAUUUUGUUAUCUCAGCAGCAAUUUGUCGAACAUUAACGGUGCAUUCAAACUAUUCUUUAGCCUCUGCAAAUUGCUAUAUUUUGCUGAUUUUGUUUUGUUCGAUUGCUAGCUCUUUUGAUGGGUCCGUUUGCGCCAGUUUGCUCUUCGAGUACGUAUUGUAGUAGUUUCAGUUCUCCUUGUGCUUUUACUGAGUCUGUCAUAGCUAUUUCGAGUCGUAGAGAGUCAUUUAAAGGAAGAAAGUUUGGAAAUUUAAAGGUUUGCACAUAUGGGUACUUGGGAAACAGGUCGACAUUUAGGAGAAAACGAGUGGGUUUAUGUGGGUUUGUCAUGAAAAUCUCAAAUGUAGGUGAGGAACUGGCCAAGGAGAAGAAUAAAGUUGUGAAAUCUUCAGAAGAGGUUAUAAGGAUUCUUAAGUCUACACCGGACCCAAAUUCUGCUUUUUCGUAUUUUAUGGUUGUUGCUAGGUUACCUUAUGUUGUUCACACCACUGAAACGUGCAAUUACAUGCUUGAAGUCUUGGUGACUCAUAAGAGGGUGGAGGAUAUGGCUGCUGUUUUUAAUUUCAUGCAAAAGAAAAUCGUUAGUCGAAAUUCGAACACUUAUCUAGCUAUUUUUAGAGGUCUUUGCAUAAGUGGUGGAAUUCAACAAGCACCAAUUGCGCUUGAGAAGAUGAGAAAGGCUGGAUUCGUUUUGAAUGCGUAUUCAUAUAAUGGGUUGAUCUAUAUGCUUGUCCAGUCAAAGUUUUGUAGGGAGGCUUUGGAGGUUUACAACAGAAUGGUUAUGGCAGGGAUGAAGCCAGCCUUGAAGACUCAUGCAGCACUUAUGGCGGCAUUUGGAAAGCGCAAAGAUACUCAAACUGUAAUGAGUUUGUUAAAAGAGAUAAAAUAUUUGGGAUUGAGGCCUGAUAUUUAUAUAUUUAACAUAUGCAUUACAGCUCUUGGAAGGGCCGGGAAAAUUGAUGAGGCUUAUGAUGUAUUGAAGAGAAUGGACGAAGAGGGAUGCGAGCCAAAUCUUAUUACCUAUACCGUUCUCCUUAACGCUCUCUGUAGAGCAGGUAAACUUGCUAAUGCAAAGGCAUUGCUUGUAAAAAUGAAAGCUAACAGCGGUCUCAAACCUAACCGUGUAACUUAUAUUAAUUUGCUGGCCAAGUUAAGUGAUUGUAGAGAGUUGGAAACUUUGAAAGAAAUUUGGGAUGAAAUGGAAGCUGAUGGUUAUACUCCUGAUGUGAGUACUUUCAACAUUCUUAUUGGUGCUUUAUGCAAAGCAGGCAAUGUUGACAAAGCAUUUGAUACUCUGGGUGUCAUGAAGGAGAAAGGGAUCUCACCAGUACUUGUUACUUACAACAUCUUGAUUGGGGGACUAUUAAGAGCCAGUAGAUUGGAUGAGGCUCUAAAACUUUUGAGUUAUAUGGAAUCCCUGGGUGUCAUGCCUGACACAUUCACUUAUAAUAUUGUCAUUUCCGGUUUAGUGAAAUCUUAUAGUGUGGAUAAGGCUAUCGAUUUUUACUAUGAUCAUGUAGGUCGUGAUUUCUCCCCUUCUCGUCAUACAUAUGGCCCGCUCAUCGAUGGACUUUUAAUGUCAGGAAGACCUGAAGAAGCAAUCCUUUUCUUUGAGGAGAUGGCAGAAUAUGGAUGCAAACCUAAUUGUAAGAUUUUCAGUAUUCUUAUGAAUGGGUUUAAGAAAACAGGAGAUGUGGAAACUGCCUGUCAUUUGUUUAAAAGAAUGGUUAAAGAAGGAAUAAGACCAGACUUGAAGUCUUACAGUAUUCUUUUAAAUUCUCUUUGCUUUUUAGAAAAAAUUGAUGAUGCUCUGUAUUACUUCGAGGAAUUAAAGCAGAAUAGUAUUAGUCCUGAUUCACAUUGUUAUAACCUUUUGAUUAACGCACUUGGAAAAUCACAGAGGGAAGAAGAAGCUUUAUCUCUAUACAGUGAAAUGCGAAGCAGGGGAAUCUUUCCUGAUCUUUACACAUACAACAAAUUAAUACUCAAUCUUGGGAUCGCGGGAAUGGUGAAGCAAGCAGUGAGUAUGUAUGAAGAACUGCAAUUAAAUGGUCUUCAACCUGAUGUUUCCACCUACAAGGCUCUCAUUCGAGCCUACGUUUUAUUAGGGAAUCCAGACCAUGCUUAUGCAGUUUACAAGAAAAUGAUGGCUGUUGGCUGCGACGCGAAUGAAGAAACUUUCGCACAACUUUGCUAGUCAAACUUGAGUACUUCACUCACUUCAUUGAAGUACUCAUGGAUCCACAUACAUUUCUUUAAACUAUCUUUGAGAAUUCCAGUUCCCGGAGUGAUACUGUAUUUUGUGGGGUAUUUGACGGUCACGGUCCUCUCGUGGAGUGACUACCACCAAAACCAGAACCAGGAUGAGCAUGAGGAUGAUGAGCAUAAUAUCUACCUCUUAAACACUCCUUAAGAGCUUUCAAGUUGAUGGAUAAGGAAUUAAAACUGCAUUCUACCACUGAUUGCUUCUGCAGUGGCUCAACUCAACGGCUGUAACUUUAGUAAAGCAGGUGAUCAAUUCUUUUUGUAGCUUUUGUCAUAUGGUAUGAUGUAUUCAGUGUACAAGUUUAUACAAAGUGUAUAUAUGAGAUUCUGUGUCCCAACUAACUAGCUGUGGACCUUGAGCCAACACCUUUAAAUAUGCUUUAAGAUUCACUUUUAACAUCA